AUUUAUCAUCAAUUAUUUGAAACGUGUGUUAUCUUCAAUCUCAACGUUAUUUUAAAUGUAAAAUAACAACGUUUUAAAAUUAGCUGCGCAAAUGGUUCGCGUGUACAAAAAAAAAGUGGGUAGUCGCCCAUAUGCUAAUAGGAGUGAUGAAGUUGUGGAAGAAGCUCUUCAAAAAGUUGCUGAUGGGGAACUUUCAAUUUUAAAAGCUAGUAAAAUGUAUAAAAUUCCGUAUGGCACAUUAUACAAUCGUUUUAAUGGGAAACAUGGCAAAAAACCUGGAGGACAGGCAAUAUUUAGUGAUGAGGAUGAAAAAACUAUGAUAGCUGCUGUAUCAAAGUGUGGUGAUUGGGGAUUCCCUUUAACUUUAAUGGAUUUAAGAUUAAUCGCAAAAACAUCAUUAGACAAAAGAGGAAUAAUAGUUCAAACAUUUAAGGAUAACCUUCCAGGUGAUGAUUGGGCAAGGAGUUUGUUAAAAAGACACAAUACACUAACUCAAAGAAUCACAACAAACAUUUCUCGAUGUCGCGCCGAAGUCUCCCCUGCUACAAUAAAUUUAUAUUUUGAUAAUUUGUCUUCAGUAUUAAAAGAUAUACCUGCUGAUAAUAUUUUCAAUUAUGAUGAGACCAACCUCCAGGAUGAUCCAGGUAAAAAAAAAUUUUUGUUCAAGCGUGGUACAAAAUAUCCUGUACAAGUUCAAAACCACUCUAAAAGUGCCACCACAAUAAUGGUAUGUGGGUCAGCAAGUGGUAUUCUAUUACUACCAUACAUCAUUUAUAAAUCAAAAAAUUUGUGGGAGUCUUGGACAAAUGAAGGACCCAAAGGAUCUCCAUGCUGUGAGAGUCCUUGCUGCUCAAAAGGAACCAGGUAUAAUUGUACACCACACGGAUGGAUGGAUGGUAUUACUUUCAAAGAAUGGUUUUUCACUUUAUUUUUGCCACAUGCAAACCGUUUGACUGGGCGCAAAGUAUUGAUAGGAGACAAUUUAGCAUCUCAUUUCAAUCCGGAAGUAAUACAACAGUGUGAGGAUUCUGGUAUUGAUUUUGUGUGUUUACCUAAAAAUGCAACACAUUUAACUCAACCACUAGAUGUGUGUUUUUUCCGGCCUUUAAAACAAAGUUGGAGAUUUUGUUUAAACGAAUGGAAAAAUCGUAAUACAAAGAUGCAAUCUAUUCCGAAGUCAUCUUUUCCAGCGUUGGUAAGUAGUUGUCUUCAACGAAUCAAUGAUGUAGGAAGCAUAUCAAGCAAUUUAGAAUCUGCAUUUCGUGCCACUGGAAUUUUUCCAUUAGAUCGUAAUGCUAUAUUACAAAAAUUACCAAAAGAAGAUUACCCUAAUAUUAAUGAUAUUGUUGUAAAUUAUUUAAAAGAUAAAAGAUUUGAAAAAACAGAUAAAAACAGAAAAAGAAAAAAAAUUAAUAUUGCUCCAGGACAGAGUGUGACUUCGGCCAUUUUAAACACAGAUAGUGAUGAUGAUGCAGUUAUUCCAUACAUUAACACAGAUUCUGAAAAUGAGGUAGAAAAUGAAGAUGUGAUUCCAGAUUAUCAAACACCAACCAAAGAUAAUUUAAAAAUUGGUGAUUUUGUAUUGGUCAAUGUUCAGUUAGGAAAACGAAAAAAGACUAUUUAUGUAUAUGCAGCUGUUAUUAAGAGUAUUGUUAAUAAUAUAUAUACACUAAAUGGUCUUAAAUCAUUAGAUGACAUUAAACAGAUUUUCAAAAUUCAAGAUGAUGAUGUAUUUGAUGUUGAUAUAAUACAUAUUAUUGCAAUUUUAAAAACACCUAAACUGACAAAAGAUGCAAAUUAUAUAUUUUUACAGCCACUCUCUGAUGUCAGAGAGGCAUAGUAAGUAGUAACUGAAGACUGUAAUGUGAAUUGUGACUGUAAUGUUAAACUGUACGUUCAGUCUGUUACCAAUGUAUUAUAAACUCAAGACUGCCUAGUAAGUUCCUAGCUAAGUCAAUUAAAACAUAUUUAAAUUAAUGUACCUAUUUAUAUUUUAUUUUGUUUUUCAAUUUUAGAAAUUAUUAUGUUUAACUGUUAUACUUGUUAAGACAACUUGUUAUAUAUAUUUAGUAUUGUUUUGUUUUGUAUUGUAUUUUUAUUUAAAAAUUGUUUUAUUCUCCUGUGUGUUCAGACAGUUAAGGUAUUGUACCUAAUCUCAAGACUUCCUAGUAACUAGUUAAGCCAAUAUAAAUAUAUUUAAAUUAAUUUAUUUAUAUUUUUAUAUUUUAAUAUUUUGUUUUAUUUUGUUUUUAACUUUGAAACUAUUAUUAUAUUUGUACUGUUUCACAAGACUGAGUUACCUAGUCAACUUAAUAAAUUA